AUGGCUGGCUCCGUGGAUUUCGCUCGGCUGCGUGAGCAGACUAUGGGCUCUGGAGAGGACGAGGCGGUCACUGUCAACACCCGCGCUCUCAUCGACAAAGUGCUGGCUCGGUAUUCUGGAGACUGGACCACUCUCAGAGAGCUCAUACAAAACGCGGCAGAUGCAGCAGCUUCUAAGGUCACGAUAAAAUUCGAGACACUUCCAUCACUUGGCAUUCCUGCGCCUAGCACGACCAAUGAAGGAGAGAUACUGAAGCACAGGGUUCUCAACCACACGAUAAAACGACUGGUCGUCUCCAACGACGGCCAAUCAUUCGCUGACCCCGACUGGGCACGACUCAAGCGCAUCGCCGAAGGCAAUCCUGACGAGACGAAGAUCGGUGCCUUUGGCGUUGGAUUUUACAGCGUGUUCGCCGAUUGCGAGAAUCCAUUCGUUGUAUCUGGCCGGCAGACUAUGGCUUUCUACUGGAAGGGCAACAGUCUUUUCACAAGAAUAGGAAAACUGCCAGACGAUCACCCAACCGCCGAAACAUGUUUUUCAUUGGACUAUAGGAGCAGUUCGUCCCCGAUUCCGGAUCUGUUAUCGCUCUGUCAGUUUCUGAGCACCAGUCUGACGUUCGUCGGACUGAAGUCGAUCGAGUUGUGGCUUGACGAUAUCAAUAUCUUUGGACUCAGUAAAGAGAGCUCUCCGAGUGAGAGUGUUCCAAUCCCUCCAGAGCUGAACGCAAAGACUCAGGGAAACCUCAUGAAGAUCCUUACUGUCGCAAAUCAACGCGCUCAGAUCCACGGACGCUGGACGAACAUCAUAGCAUGGACACGGACCACGUCGACUCCUUCCCUCUUCGCCACCGCACCUGAUGAGUCAACCAACUCAGGAGUCUCGUUGAAGAAUUUCUUCUCGCGGCUUACAAUUGGUGGGACGAACAGUGGCGUAGCUGCAAAGAAGGCCGCAAUGGAACGUGAAGCUGCGGCUCAGAGGACUAUCGCUGAGGAUCUUGCUGGCACGUCUCAAGCAACAAUAGGCUUGCGCAUGAGCACGGUAGACAUCCGGACCAUGGUCAACGACGCGUUCUCUCGGGAGCUUGAGCGCGCGACGAAGAAGCCACCACCCAAACGCACCAAGAUCGCGAUCUUAACAACCCCUUACGCUGGAACCACUACCAUGCUGAGCACAGUCUCCGGUACUACCGGUUCUAAAGCAGCGGACAUCUUCUCAUCUGUCCUACCAAGUAAACAUGGUAGAGUCUUCAUUGGAUUUCCUACUGCGCAGACCACCGGGUUUUUGUGCCAUAUCUCUGCGCCCUCCGUUAUUCCAACAGUCGAGCGUGAGAGCAUAGAUCUGAAUGCCAGGUUCGUCCGAGAUUGGAACUUAGAACUUCUCAGAACAGCCGGAAUUGCAUGCCGCAUCGCCUACACCGCAGAGAUGGCCGAACUCAAGCAGGCUUUAGAACGAGCCAUGUCAGCCUCCGGAAACCGUAAAGUUACGGAGGCUUAUUUGGCGUCCAUACUUCCGGACGCUACACACGUAUUGCGGCAAUAUACUUCACAUGAAUCGACGCCCUCAACGCAAGUUGGCAAGACGAUUGAAGAGGCUUUUUGGAAGUGUUCCAAACAGCAAUCAAUCGAUAUUAUCUCAACUCGCGGUAUCCUGCCAAGCAGGCAGGUGCGAAUCGUACCAGAGAAGCUCAGUUUCUUAGGUGAGAUUCCGGUAGUACCGGAGCGCGUGGCCGAGGAGGUGGAGGGUUUCAUCCAGAAACUCUAUGCGCAGGGGCUGUUGGCGACCAUUACUGUCCAAGACAUUCGAAACGAACUUGAGCGGAGGGCUUUGGAUGAAAAUGAACUGAUGGAAUUUCUGAAGUGGGCCGGAAAGAAGGCUACGACGAACGAACUAGAUUCAGCUACCAUCCAGGAGCUCCUCAAUGCAGCCGUCGCCACGCUAGGACCUGACAAUACUUCAUCUUCGGAAAUCCAAAAGCCGGGGUCGGCAACUACUGGCAGAAUACUAGCGCUAAGAAAGAUAGACUCGUUCUUAAGCGUGGCAAAAAUCCCCCCAGAGCUUCCCAUCCCACCCUCAACCAUUCCGUACCGGUUCACGAGGAAUCUUCUACAUGCAGAGCUAACGGCUUUUGGCUGGGACGAACUACAGAUAGUGCCGUGGCUGCGGUUCUUGCUGGGAGUUUCGGAAAAGAAGCCUGCUACCGUGCCUUUGGAGCAGGAUAUGACGGCCUCUCCCAUAUUCUCCGCACAAAUCCUCCCUGCGAUAUCCAGAGCGUGGGAUGCCUUGAGUCAGUCAUCCAAGUCCACAGUCGUUGAGCUGCUGUCAAGCAGAACGGUCAUUCCUACCAAGCUAGGGAUGCGCAAACCUCCAGAGUCAUACUUCGCGUCAGUCAAAGUUUUCAAUGAUCUUCCCGUGAUCAGCGGCCUUCACGGGGUUAAAGAGAAAUUCCUGAGUGCACUCGGCGUUCGCAAAACUGUGGAGCUUAACGUCAUAUUCGAUCGGCUCGCAAAGCGUGCCUCCACUGGUGACCAGACGGAUGAUGCCAGUCAUGUGGAACUUAUCCGCUACUUCUCCUCCGUCCGCCAGGAGAUGCCGGACAAGGAUCACGAACGCCUGAAGAACAUGGCUUUUCUACCAGCCGAGGAGCGCGCUGGCAUACUAAGCCGUCUAUACAAACCAUCAGAACUCUUCAGGCCGGAGGUAGCUUUACGGACGCUCGGCUUACCGAUCCUACAUUGGCCGGGACAAUGGAGGCCACACAGCCCAGAGGACAAGUACUUACGCUUUCUGGGGUUGAGGCAGCAUCCAACAAUGCCUGAGCUCGUGCAGCUUAUGGUCGAGGCUGGCAAAAACCGAAAUCAGGAAACAUACAAUCGGGCUCUGACAUAUCUUAUCGACCGCUACCAGGUUAACGAGUACCACAAGUUCGAUGCUUCCCAAGUGAAGCCCGCGUUUCUACCGGUUGAAGGCGCAUCCACAUUUGCAUCUCCUUCCAACUGCUUCACGACAGAUAUGGCAGGCAUGGUUGGCCGUUUUCAGCUUCGGAAGGACCUGCAUCCUCAUGCUCAGAAGUUUGGCGUACGGUCCGAUCCUCCGCUGGACUACUGCAUUAAUUACUUGGUGCAACAUCCACCAUCAUCACACCAAGCCGCUAAAGAGUACUUUGGAUAUCUCGCAACGAAAGUUGGAGAAUUGAACCGCACUCUCCAGGACAAAAUCGGUGAUGCAAACGUAGUACCCAUCACCAAGCUUGUUAACCUCGAUGGACGGCAGAGUGGUACGGAGAAACCAACACUUGGUUCGAUUGGCAAGUGGGGACACCGCGUCAUGCGAUACACCACUCCAAGGUCAUGCUUCCUUGGGGAUUCCACGACGUGGGGCUCCAUAUUCGAUUUUGUCGACUUUGGUGACAACGCCAAUGCAUUCCUUCUUACUGUUGGUGCGAAGCAAGAGCCAAGUCAUGUCGAACUAGCGCGUAUGGUCGCUCAAAACCCCGCGAAAGUCUUGAAGACAAUACAGCAAGACAAGUACAUGGAACUUCUCCGGCGUCUGGCUGAGAACGAGUCAGCCCUUAAAGCUGACAAGAGCCUCUGGACCGAACUGAAAAACAGCAGCGCCCUCCUGGCCUACAAAGAGACUGUACCGGUGUCCAGCAAAUCUCUGAACGAGAAGGAGCCCGAAAGCGAUCAGUUCGAGGAUGAGGAGUCCGCGGUCCGAGAGUGGUGCCUGGCAAGUGCCGCAAACAUAUCGAUUAUCGAUCGAAUAGAGUACUUCAUGCUCUUCAGAGACGAUCUUCUGGUUGCGCCGCAGGAGGAAAUCCUGGAAGACUUCUACAAGUCUCUCGGUACACCGUCGCUAAGCGAAAUGAUCCGUAUCGAAAAGCGCAUUGGCGCCGUGUCCAAAGACCAGAAGGAAGCACAGGCUCUGCGGAAAUUGACCAUUGAGCGCGUGCGCCUCUUCCUGCAUGAAUAUCAGCCUCAAUCCGUCCGACACGAUGCAAAGUGGCUGGACAGAAACCUAGUCGUACAAUGCGUGGAAUCCAUUUCACUUAACCUGUCACUAAAAAACGCCAAAGGCUCGUACACUCAACACAGGACGGCACUUGUAGCUCGUGAAGCCAGUACCAGGCGUGCUUUGCUGAGCGUGGUUCGCUCUCCAGAUCUGUAUGAGGUUAGCCAGCAACUUGUCGCCGUCCUGAUCAGUCGACCCAAGCAACAUGACGCUCUUGCGCUGGAGACUAUUAUGAGCAACGAUUUGCGUAGACUGCGUACGAAGGGCUACAAUGUGGACCGUAUCCUCAGACAGAAAGAAUACGAGAACCGCAUUGCGGAGCAGCAGCGGCAGGCAUACGAGGACGAGCAGCGGAAGGAGAAGCAGAAGGAAGAGGAGCAGAAGUCCCUGGCACAGCAAGCGAAGAAGGCAGGUGCGGCUGCAGCUGGUGCGGUCGCUCACCGUGACCCGUCGUCGGAGUACGAAAGUGAUGUGCGAAACGAUGUACGUCCUUCACCUAUCGCAACGGAAAAGAUGCCGGGCGCCUUCGGCCCAGACUCGCCUCAGCCGAUCCAAAGGAAAAAGGGCAAGGACAAUAUGCUCAAGAAGUGGAGCAGACAGCUUGGCUUUGGGGAGGCCGAAGAGAAUGGAGUCGGCGGAACUGGUGGGCCUGGUAGCGUUGGCGGCCCGCCUGGUCCAGGAAAGCCACUCAUGGGUAAUGACGCGCUUGAAAAGAACCUCAGAGCCGCUGUAGAAGCGUGCCGAUCGUACGAGUCAAAGCAGCUGCAGUCUGCUCCGCAUACUGAAACCGUGGAAGAGACGAAGGGCUCAUACUGCGACUACAACUCCCGCAAGGACAUUUCCUACAUUACCAGCUCCGACGUCACAGGCAUCAACAUCUACAUGAACAACGGUGUAGCAAGUCCUGGAGCAUUCAUGUCAGCCAAUUCGAACAGCAUCGACCAGUUCGGCUUCAUCCUGCUCGACCUUGGCAGCAUCUUCGGCAUGCAGGCGAAGGCCAUCCAUAUCUUCCAUGAUCCAAACACCGCAACCAUUGCCUUCAAUCACGGCUACUCGCUCUUCUUCAACUACGCCUAUUUCUCGCAGCUGCAUCUGUCAAGCUUUUUAGGGGAUGAUGGAAGCGCCUCAGCGGGCGAGAAGAAAGUCGGCGCCUUGGGCUACUGGUACAUGGCGAUGUGUCAUGAGCUCGCACAUAACCUUGUGAAAGAGCAUAACGCAUCGCAUUCUUUCUAUGCGGAAAUGUUUGCGCAUACGCAUGUUCAUCGCUUCAUGGCCACAGCCAAGCAGUACGACACUGUGGAGUGA